UACUCGUGCUCGUCAGCCGAGAGCAUCGUGCGUGUCGAGCGCGCACGCGAGACGACAGCGGGAGACUUGUCGGCGCGUUUCUUGCCGCGGAACUGUCAAUGGUUCCGACGAGAGCGGUCGAGAGGAUCGGUUCGAUAACUAAACAAGGAUGCUGUGCUCGCUCGCGCAUUAUCGCUGGACAUUAUAAAAGUUACAUGCUCUUGUAGAAAAAAAAACUUCAACAUAACUGAAUAAGGGUCUAAAGGUUCUAGUGGAAGACAGAGGAAAAAAGGAAGAGAGAGAUAGAAAGAGAAGACAAGAGUGAGAAGGAGUGGCAGGGAGAAAGGAAGACAGAGAGGAAAAGAGGAGUAACGAAAGAGUGAGAUUCCCUCGUUAGUUCGACGUAGCUCGCGAUCGAGAGAUGGACGCUUUAAACGAAGGAUUCUACUAGUCGAGAAACGUUUUCAAUGGGUCAUCGUCACGACGGUAACUUAGUUUAAAAAAAAAAAUCGAGAAGCGCUUUUGAGGUUAUGUGUUGUUGAGAAAAACGACGUACUCUUCACUCUCGCGCGAUAAAACGAUCGUACGAGCGAAACCGGAGGGACUGCAUUAAGUUUACAUGAAUGGAUGAUGCUUGGAGGCAAUGAACGGCAUGGAGAGACAUGGUCAUGGACAUGGACAUUCACAUGCGCAUUCACAUCGUCAUCGCCAUUCCCAUGGCAGUUCUCAGAGCACGUCUCAAAAUUCAAGUCAACCACCUUCGAAACAUAGUCAUGGUCAUGUAACACAUCCGCAGAAAGAUACAGUUGUACCACAAGUGACUCAAAAACAGAGGAAUUACAAGUUAUUGGUUGAUCCGUUUUUAGUUAAAGGUGCAACAAAACUAUGUAGAUACGAUGGAACUGUUCCAGGAGAUCCAACAUAUCCACAGGUUCAACCUCGAGAUCCCAGAUCGCAAUUGACAAGGAUCUGGACCAGACUUGAACAACUUGAUUUACCUGUACCUAGAUUUAAAAUUGACUCAAAUUAUUGCGGAGAGCCACCUCCACUUGAAGUAACGUUUUGCCAUUUAAAUGAUAAUAUUGAUAAGACAUUUUUAACAAACAUGGUUCAAAAAUUUGGAUCUAUAGAGGAACUUAUUAUUUAUUAUCAUCCAGUAACUAAUAAACACCUUGGCAUAGCAAGAGUAGUGUUUGAAUCAACUAAGGCAUCAAAAGCAUGUGUGGAAAAGUUAAAUAAUACAUCUGUGAUGGGAAAAGUGUUGAGGGUUUUUCUGGAUCCCUUUGGAGAAGAGUGUAAGAAGAUGUUUGAAGAAUUGACAACAGAGAAAAAACCGGAAAAAAAGAUAGAAAAAGAGGUUGUGAAGCCCGAGAUUGAGCAGGAAAAACAUCAAACACCAGUGGAAAAGGUUUUACCCGAAGAGAGGGAAGACUUUAGAAGUAGUAAAAAAGCUAUUCUAACUGUAGACAAGAACAGAGAGCCAUAUGUAGAAAAUUCGAGGUAUAAUAAAUAUAGAGAUUAUCCUACACCAAGUGGCAGCACAGGUAGUGAUUUGGGUUAUGGAACAGCGCCGAGUGAACUGAAUUACUCUAGUAAUUAUUCUCAAAAUUCUACUCCCGCCACAAAUUAUGAUUUUUAUUACGGCAAUUAUCAUCAUCAACCUCCAAGUAGCUAUCUAGCUAAUAUACCGCAAAAUGUAUCGCAAAAUAUACCAAUCCAACAAAAUUCAAAUGUCUGGUGGAGUAACAAUUCUGGGACAGCGGGGUAUACACCUUCAGCAUCUGUUUGGCCAAUUCAACAGCACGCGACUAAUUUGGACGGUGCUAGUUCUAACAUAACACAGAUUAGCAAUAAGACUUCCAAUGCAAAAUUGCAUCAUACUCCUAAAAAGGAAAAGGAGAAUCAGGUUAUGACGAAAAGUGCAUCGCGUGAUUCUCCUGACGAAACUCGCAAAACGUUAGAUUUAGAUACAAGAAUUGCUAUGUUAUUAAAAGACAAAGCAGGUGGAAUGGCACCUCCAUUUUUACAAUUUGGCAGUGACUCAGAAGAUGACAAAAAAUCUUUGCAAGACGACAAUGAAAUGUUAUCGGAGCCGCCCAGUCCCUUUUUGUCACAUGAAAUUUAUAAGCAAUGUUUUGAGAAAAUGAUAGAAAGAAAUAAAGAACGAAGAAAAGUUCAUGAAAAUAGUAUCAGUCAGUUUUCUGUGGACGAAGAUUUGGGUAGUGUUAUAAGUUCCAGUGAAGACGAGGCGUUAUUAGGAAGUUAUAGUCCAGCACCUGAUGACAAUGAACCUGAACCACCUAAAGAACCCCCUCCACCUCCACCACCUGAUGAUGACAGGAUGUCUUUGAGUCCUUUGAGUUCAGGAGAUGAAAAGAUUGAAGAAGUAAUACCACAAACUGAACCUUCGAGUCAACUAUAUCCAGCAACUGGUUAUCCAGGAAAUUUAACUCACUAUCCUUCUAAUGAUGUUUACAAUUGGCCGCGACCGGCACAGUAUCCUUAUCCUUAUGGAACAACUUACUUGCAGAGUCAUUACCAACCUACUACAGCGUCUUUCUCGGGAACAGUCGGAAAUCAAGGGACAAAUUAUUAUUCCUCUUUUCAAUCGCGGUUACAUGCUAUAGCAAAUUAUAGCAUCACAAAAGAUCCACAGGGUCCUACCAUCAAUGGAGUACUGAACAGAGUAGUGAAUGAAUUGAAGCAAAUUCUAAAAAAAGAUUUUAAUAAAAAGAUGAUAGAAAAUACAGCGUUCAAAUUAUUCGAAGUUUGGUGGGAUGAAAAAAAGUCGGAGAAGAGUCAAACUCAUGAUGGCGGCGAGAAUGCUAUCGUCAAUAACACGACGAAAGAAGAUGUAAAAACCCAAGGAUUAUCAUCUUUAUUAGAGCAAGCAACACCAUUAGGACUCAAUUAUGAUGGAUUUGGUUUGGGUAUUAGAGCUAGCAUGCCAAAGAUGCCUUCGUUCAGACGUAAGAUCAAAGCUCCAAGUCCAUUACCACAGGAUGAGGAUAGCCGACAAUCGGGUCAUGCUGAUAUGGAAACGAUCGAAAGCGACAGCGAUCUGGAUGUACCACCGGCACAAAAAACGAAGAAAGCCAUGAUCUCUCUUCCGAGCGUCUCUUCCUCGACGUCUUCAUCCUCGUCUCUCGAAAGUAGUAGUGAAGAAAUCAGUUCCAGUGAAUCUUCCGAUAGUUCAAAUGAAAGUUCUGAUGAAGAAGCUUGCUUUGAGGAUGAGCAAGAUACAGACAGCCGCAUGUCGGAUCACAGGCCUUUGGCUUGUAAUAGUGAAGAUCCUGAUAUAUUAACAGAAUUUGCGAUCCAAAAAUCAUUAGAUUGCCCCACGCCGACUGGUAGAGAAACUCCAGUACCAAAUAUCAAAAUUAUAGAUCAAAAUUCGAAUGAAUUCCCGCAAAUCGAUAAUGAUAAUCUGAUUAGUUCAUUAUCUUCUCCUGUGAAAUACGAGAGUGUCAAAGAAGAAGAAAGAAUUUCUGAAAAAUUGCCUGCUACAGAAGAGAAGCCAUUCGUUGAAGUGUGUGGAACUUUGGAUAAGGAAGCAAAGGAUGCAUUGAGAAUCACCGAAGAAAAAGAAUCACAGAUUGAAGUGAAACUUGCACCGACGAUAACGCCAGUAAAGGAAGAAGUACUACCGGAUAUGCAAAAAAUGGAAAAUUCGGCUGCGGAAGCCUUGAUGACUCUAGCUGGACGAGAUAACAUCAUACGUCAUAGGAGUCCAGGCCCUAUACAACCUAAUAUUAUCAGAACGUUGCAGACAAUGUCGGCGAAAUACAUCAAUGAUGAACCUAUUUUGAAGGAAAAUGAAAAGAUCGAGAUGUUCAGCGAGAUUCCCACAACGGAUUCGGAGGAAGAAAGCUUAGAAAUCAGAAGAUUAAGGUAUCAAGCAGAGGCGGAUCUUCGAUUAAAUGGGCAGCAGACACCAAGUUCGCCUGGUUCUCAAGCUUCGCAAGUAUAUAUGGAACAUUCGUAUUCGUUGCCACCUGCACAACCAGAGCCCGUAGAGUCGGUGAUACGCGUACCGCCAGCUUCGGUAAGAGUAAAACAUCCGAAGAUUGUCAAAUUAUCGAAAUCAAAGGACAAAACUCAUAAAGUGGAGAAGCAAAAAUCCAAGAAAUAUACAAAAGUGCACAGUAGUCAUCAGAAUCACGAAGGAGAAAAAGAGAAUAUCCAGAAUGAUUAUAUAUACGAUAAGUUACCUAAACAAAUUGUGGAAUCGAAAGUCACGUACAAAGAGCGAGAUCUUAUAUCGGAAAUGGCUAUUUUGUAUGAAUUUUUAACAAGAGGUAUAGACGCGGAGGAUGCAGAAUACUUGAGAAGGAGUUACGAAGCUUUAUUAGCGGAUGAUACCCAAGGUUACUGGUUGAAUGAUACGCAUUGGGUCGAUCAUCCGCCGACGGAUGUACCAAGUCCCGCGAAAAAGAGGAAACGAGACGAGCUCCGAUUACAUGCGAGUGGGAGUGCAAGAACGGAAGGAUAUUACAAAGUUGAUAUUAGAGAGAAGGCUAAACACAAACAUCACUAUGCUCAAAGUAUACAACGCAGUAAUGAUGUGGAAGACAGUACCAGUUCUUAUAUUGGAGGAGAUAGUGUAAUGAACGGUCCAAAAAAUAAUUCUAAAGCAUUGACUGGUAAAAUGCAGGCGCUUUCGCGCGAGGCAAGAAGCAAUCAACGACGGUUACUGACAGCUUUCGGAAUUGAUACUGAUAGUGACCUUCUCAAAUUUAAUCAAUUAAAGUUCCGCAAAAAACAAUUAAAGUUUGCCAAGUCUGGUAUUCACGAUUGGGGCUUGUUUGCCAUGGAACCAAUCGCGGCCGAUGAAAUGGUUAUAGAAUAUGUAGGGCAAAUGGUUAGACCAGUUGUUGCUGACUUGCGAGAAGCCCAAUACGAAGCUACCGGAAUCGGUAGUUCUUAUCUUUUCCGUAUCGAUUUAGAUACAAUUAUUGAUGCGACAAAAUGUGGCAAUUUGGCGAGGUUUAUAAAUCACAGUUGCAAUCCAAAUUGUUAUGCAAAAGUAAUCACGAUUGAAAGCCAAAAGAAGAUUGUAAUCUACAGUAAACAACCAAUAGGAGUUAAUGAAGAAAUUACAUAUGAUUAUAAAUUCCCAUUGGAGGAUGACAAAAUUCCUUGCCUUUGUGGAGCUCCUCAAUGUCGGGGUACCCUCAACUGAAUUGUUUUUUCCUUUUUCUGUCUUCUAAACUUCAUCGCGCCCUACUCAUAUUUUUGUAAAUACUUUCCCAUGUAAACAUUUUAUAAAAUGCAAUGGAAAAAAAAUACUAAAUUAUGUUAAGAUGCAUUCUUCCUACUUUAUUAUUAUGGGAGCCCUUUAAUACAGUGUGUGAUUUUAAUAUUUAAGAAAACAUACAGAAAACAAAUAUAUGAAGCAUCA